AUGCGUCGUGCUUGUCUUGUCCUGGGGCUCGCGGGCUUGGCCGAGGUGGCUGUCGCGGGAUUGUAUCCGGGAAUUACGCCCGAUAACCACACCUGUGCUCUCGCGAAGCCCGACAAGGUCAAGGACACGUGCUGCGUUGAGACGUUUGGCGGCCUGUUGGUGGCCACCCAACUAUGGAGCACCUUCACCGGGCUGGAAGACAAAGGCCAGAUCUAUCCCAAGAACGACUGGUCCAUCCACGGCCUGUGGCCCGGCUCGUACACGCAAUACUGCGACCUAAGCCGGCAAUAUGACCCCAAGCCCUCCCCCAACACCACCAACGGCCAACCUGGCGGCACCCCCGUCCCAGCAUACAAGGGCGAGUCCAUUGAGAAGUGGUUCGAGCCCUACGGCAAGCUCGAUCUCCUCGCGUACAUGAAGAAGUAUUGGGUGAGCCAGCUCGACCCCAACUGGGUCUUCUGGGCGCACGAGUUCUCCAAGCACGCCACUUGUUUCUCGACCUUCCAGAAAGAAUGCUACGGCCCCAAGGCUGCUGAGCACGACGACCUGUUCGACUUCUUCGAGACAGUCGUCGCCUGGCAGCGCCGCCUCCCCUCGUUCCGCUGGCUCAGCGACGCGGGCAUCCGCCCUUCCAACACGACCAGGUACACCCUCUCUGACAUCCAGCACGCCCUGACCAAGGAAUUCGGCCAGCAGCCCUUCAUUGGCUGCGGUGGCCCCAAGUACAAUGAGACAGAGGCUGGUAAGGGAUCAAAGGAUAAUGGGCGCACGGAAAUCAACGAGCUUUGGUAUUACUACCACGUCAAUGGGACGCCCCAGCGUGGCGAUGCGAAGAAAUUAGAUGCUGGCAAGGCGGGCGGCCGGUUGACGACUUGUGCGCAAGCCAAGGGUGCUAUCAAGUAUUAUGAGCGUACCAAGGGUAGCGAGGAGUGA